GAUGGUCAGAUAAAGAUUCUUUAUCGUAUUUCCUGUUGAGGUUUCCAACAGAUACAUCAAUUGUGAUAGCACAUACAUCUCUGGUGGUUAGUUCAGAGAUGAGUGUAGCAACUAUUGCGUUGUUGACAAGCACACAGGCACGAGGCAUGACACGUGAGUUUGCCAUUUCAUGUUUACUGAAAGUAGCAAACACCGGGUUCACAAGGUUUCCUAGAUAGAAAUUCCCCUUACGGAAGUAAGGUUCUUGGACCAAGGCCACUUGGGCUGAACCAUUUUGCAUAAGUCUGCAAAGAUUGGUCGUUGCUGUUCUUUUAUGCUGAAGAUUAAUCUGAGCUAUCCUAACCGUAGCCACUACCCAAACUAGGUAAGAUUAAACUCUUUGCAGUAACAGCACAACAAAGAACAGUAACAAUUAAAUAAAAAGAAAAUCGGGUUAAGUACGGUUCCUUUGAAUUUCACUAAGAAUUUGCAUCCUUUGACAGGUACGUAUUUCGACCUCAACUGUAAGGUCGUCUUCAGUGUCUUGUACUUGACUCGACUAAGUAACAAUUAAACCAGAUCGGUAUCGAUUGGAAAACGCCAAAACCGAGGAUACACAGAAUACACUGCGGAAAUCGCAUAAUGCGAAACCAUAUAGGUGAAAAUUUAAACUAAUUAACAACAUCUUCAUGAUCCCGCCCUUAUUUAGCCUCAAGUGAAACUAAAGAAGGACAACUGAUUAUCUCGGAGAAACGCAAGGUCCACUGCCAAGUCCACUGCACUAUUGCUCCGGUUGGCGCAGUAAGGGCGCUCAAACGUCAAAUUUACGAUGAGAGUAAGCAGGCCAGCAUAAAUCCGUGCAGUAGACCAUUGUUUGAAGACGAAGCAGGCUUGGUCUCGACGAACGCUGAUUUCCCGUCAUUCUGUCAUUUUUUUAACAAAAUGAAACACGCAAUGCUGCUGUCCCUGUUGGCUUUGGCCUGCACCGUGACCCCCGCUUUGAGUUACUUCCCGGAGGAAAAAGGUAUUCUGGAAUUGAAUCCCUCCAAUUACGUGGCUGCCGUACGUCAGUUUCCUUACCUGAUGGUGGAGUUCUACGCCCCCUGGUGUCCUUACUGCCAAACAUUUGCCCCCAAGUACGAGGACGCUGCCCUUCGACUCACCACCACAAAUUCCCCGGCCAAACUGGCCAAGCUGGAUGCGUCCCGGUAUGCCACCUUCGCUGCGCAACUGAAAGUUCAAGAAUAUCCUACGAUGUAUUUCUACCGACAAGGACAUCCGCUGCUCUACAAUGGUCAGAUGGAAAUCGUCCCUUUGGUUCGAUGGGUUCAACGCGUCUCGCGCCCGGGCAACACCUCCAAGAUGCCGUUGGUGAUGGACUUGAACUCGCAAAACUUCGAUUCUGCUGUUCGAACCUAUCCGAUCCUGUUGGUGGAGUUCUACGCCCCUUGGUGUCCCCACUGCCAAAAGUUUGAGCCCCAGUACUUGAAUGCUGCUACCGAGAUGGCUCGAAUUAACCCCAAUGUCAAGUUCGCAAAAGUUGAUGCCACUCAGGAGUUGCAACUUGCUGCUCAACACGAUGUUCAAUUUUACCCAACCUUGAAGCUAUUUCACAACGGUGGUUUCAAGAUGUACGAUGGACCUCGGGAGCAAACGUCCCUCAUAAAUUGGCUGUUGGAAAAUGUGUAGACCUUUUCGUGCAUAUUUCUUUGCAAUAAAUAGAACCUUUUCAGCACACAAAACCACUCAUAUUUCGAUUCACACAAUGUCAA